GUUGUCUCUAUAUAGGAACAAAACGAUUGCUGCAUUUCAAUGCAAAAGUGAACGAUGGCAAUGCGAAGGGGAGUAUUGGCGAUGCGGACGCUGCGCCAGAGCGGCCAUACGGCGUCUUCGGCUGCAUCUAGCUGUCGGGUGUUGUCGACACACGUCUCCGUGAUCGGUUUGCACUGGAAGACGGACGAGACUCGGCUGCGUGAAGUUUUUGAGAGCUACGGAACGUUAGAGGAUGCCAAGCUGUUAACACCCGAGCAUUCGUCAAUGCACCUGUGGGCAUCCCUGGUGUAUUCAACAUUCGACGAGGCGCUGGAGGCGACGAGCGAAAUGAACGGCCAGGAACUGGACGGCCGCUUGCUGCGUGUGAGCAUCGUGGACCCGCCUACGGAGGGCGGGUCGGGUGCCAUGUAACCAACAUACUUUUUGAUGAAGUGUUAAGUUUGGUGUAGUGUUAUUAUGCUGCAGUGCUUUACUCGGUAGUAGGCACAGCCCGCGUGUUUUUCCACGCCAAGAGCCCGUGGAAAUCAUCCUUAACCAGGCCAAGCAGCGUGGCCAGUUUAUCGUUUGCACGAGCGGCGCCUACACUCACCCGGGAGAUAUUCUGUUGCAAUCGGUCGCCGGUACGGGCUGCUACAGCUUGGACGAGCUCGUAGUUCUUGUCGUGCAUCUCUCGAGCGCGCUGGAAAUUCUGGGAAGCUGUGUAGAUCUUACCAAGCCGCGCGCACGCAUCAGCCUGGUUGACGAUGUUCUCAGCUCUCGUUGCGAUAGCCACGUAUUGAUUCAAGAACUCGAUGGACAACUGCUGAUUGCCGAGCUUCUCGUGUGCUGUUGCCAACGCUGCACAAGCAUUGCCCUCACCGUCUGAGUCUCCAAUUUGACGUGCUACUGCGAGCUACAGACACACAAAACAAUAUGUAUAAACAACCAGCACAACGCAGUAUUGCUUACGAUAACGCACAUUAGUCUCCAGGAAGGGAAGCCCCUUGGCAGGCUCAUUAAGAGCGUUGUAGCAGGUGCCUAUCUUGAAUUGAGAAUGGGCUUGUGCCUCCGGGUUGUGAGCCUUGACCGCACAGUCUAAACGGAGCUUGUACAGUUCAAUGGCCUCAAGAAACUGCUUCGCUUGCUCAUGACGCAAUGCUAGAUCCACG